CCAGAGGGACGACCUUCAUUUCAUCAUAAGGGGAAGAAGAACAGCGGGGCGACGGGCAGCUAGGGAGCUGUUUACGCGUUUUUACAGAUUUAUUAACUUAUUUAAUUGUUAUUUUGUUAAUUCUUAGCUUCGUAUUCGCGGAAAGAGGCGGGAGACGGGGCCAGGCGCUCAGGCGAGUCUCCGCUGUUGUCGUUUCUGUUCCAGUUCCGAGCCGAAUAGGCCGCCAUGGCGUUUUAAUGCAGAGAUGGCCCACUAAAGCAACGGCAUGCACCAGGCACAGCACCACCACCACCACCGCCGCCCGCGCUCCUCCACCAGCGCCGUCCGCGGACUAGCGGCCAGCCAGCCCAUACCCCUCCUCUUAGACCGGAGGAAGCGGACACUAGCCAGUUAGCCUAGCCUAGCUUAGCUUAGCCUAGCUGGUAAAAUCGGUUAGUACCUCAACACCUGCACACCUCCUCCUCCUACUACUACUACUCCUCCUCAUCCAGUCCCUCCAGCAUCAAACACACACCUGAUAAAGAGAGAGACACCAUGAAGCCCCAGGACAUCGUGGGGGUGAAGGGUAACAGCAGCAGCCUGUGGAUCUUCGGCUACGGCUCGCUGGUGUGGAAGCCCGACUUCAAGUUCAAGAGGAGUAAGGUGGGCUUCGUCCGCGGAUACAAGCGGCGCUUCUGGCACGGAGACAACUUCCACCGCGGGAACGACGAGACGCCUGGAAGAGUGGUGACGCUCAUUGAGGAAGAUGAUGCUUCCACUUGGGGUGUUGCAUUUGAGGUGACUGGCUCCCAGGUUGAAGAGUCCCUCAAGUACCUGAACGUGAGGGAGGCAGUGCGAGGCGGCUACCUCACGCGGUUCGUGGAGUUUGUCCCGCGUGGUGAGAACCAGGUGCCCAUCCAGGCCCUGGUUUACAUCGCCACCGCCGACAACCCCAUCUACCUUGGGCCGGCCAGCACAGAUGAAAUCGCAGCCCAGAUUGCCGUGUGCAAGGGGAAGACGGGCCACAACAUCGAGUACCUGCUGCGCCUGGCAGAUUUCAUGAGGCACAGCUGCCCUGAUGUGGAUGACCCUCACCUGUUCUCCAUUGAGAGAGCUUGUUUGGCUAUCCUUAGGCCCAUACUGUUAGCAGCUCAACAGCCUGUACCUUCAUCCUAAAGCAUUUAAAAUUAGGCUGUUAAUUUGUUUCUAGUCCAAGUCAUAACUAACCUAAUCCAUUUUGCUACUGUUUGGUUAUGGUCAAUGAUUCCAUCCCACAUAUUUAGAGAAGUUUUAUUGUACUGUACUGUAUGGAAGCUAAAGGUUUUAAUUUGUCUGUAGAAUUGGGUGUGAUCGAGAAGCAUUAUAUGAUGUACGCUUGUGCUGUGUUUCUUUGACCUGAGCUAUGUAAGCUUUCUCUGUGGUAGCGAAGUAAUCAAAUUGGUCACUAUUGUGCGAAUCGUGUUUGUCUGAUGCAUGCUUACUUAACGAGACAACCUCAAAUGGUAAAUGGUUCAUUUUCUACACAGCUAUUUUAAAACAUGGUUACAUUUGUCGGUUUUAUUUGCACAAAAGCUGGCUUUCAGCUAUUAAGCCAUCUUUUAUUUAAUUCAUUUAAAAGCCUUUGUUGUAAAAGGUUUAACUCCAUUCAUGUGUCUUUUGAAUAAAGUGUUGAACCCA